GAACGCGCGUACUUUACGUUCAGCCUCCACUGGGGAGAUUUGGCGGGCAGUACUUCAGUGUAAUUUGGAUUUCUUGUUGUGCAUGCUUUUAACUGGGAACCGAAGAAUGUUAGAAUAACGGUCUAGCAAACUUUUUCCAAGUAAGCAAACUUUUUCCAGCCCUAACGACGAAAAGACGUUACUUCUGAAGGGGAACCACCCCUUGACUGGCAAAUUGCUGAUUUUGUGCCUUCUGUGUUUGUGUGCCAAAAACAAAGGAAGAACUAUAAACCAAAGUGCAGGCUGGAGCUACAGGGCAAUGAAGGAAGGGAACAUCAGGAUGAUGAUGUUACCAUGGAGGCUGUUGCUAAGACUGACACAGCAAAGAGUGACCAUCUAAUAGAGCCAUGCAGGUUUGUGAUGAGAACCCGCUCUGACAACUCUUUGGUCCGCCUGACUCAAGCGUUUGCUCAGAUGCUGAAUCGCUCUUCAGAUGGCGUCCUGGACCUCAACCUGGCCUCGUCGGUGCUCGGCGUGCACAAGAGACGACUGUACGACAUCAUCAACGUCUUGGAAGGGAUCAAUCUAAUUGAGAGGAUCUACAAAAACCACUACAAGUGGCUAGGUGCGCCCAUGGAUGAAGGAGUCAUUAUAGGUUUGAGGGCUCUCGUCGAUGCGGAGGAGGCGCUGGAUCAGCUGAUCCAAAGCAGCACCAAAGCCAUCAAAGAGCUCAAUGAGGACAAUGACCACCAGAAAUUUGCGUAUUUGACCUACAAGGAUAUCAGCAGUAUUCCGAGUCUGGAAGGGCAGACAGUGAUUGUGAUCAAAGCUUCCUCUUCGACUGAAAUACAGGUGCCACAUCCAGAUGAGGGCUUCCAGAUCUACAUCAGUAGCACCAAUGAGCCCAUCGACGUUUUCUUCUGCUCCGAUAACCCGGUUCCAAAGGAAUUCACCUACCCACACUAAUGGAGACUUCCAGCUAACCACCUGCAGGAAAGACUUCUUUACUCCUUGGCCUCCAUCCUCCUCUCCUCAGACGUCCUCUAAAAGUCCGCAGGU